GUAAGCAGGUGUCAAAAGCCAACAACGCUAAGGCGUUUAGGUUUCUCUCUGCAAAAGAAAAAGUUAAGAGCACUUGCUUAAGUAGCAUUUGCUGCUAAGCUGAACCAGAAAAAUGCUUCUAGAGAGAGAGAGUUCAAAACUCCUUCAUGGAGAGAGAAGCUUGAGAGAUUUGAGACGUUGCUCUAAUUUGUAGAGAGAGAGAGAGAGUUGGUUGUAAGAGGGAAAGAUCCAGGAGCAGGACCCAAAUCACAGAUAGGCCUGGAUACAGAUCUGGAAGCAGUUUCCCUAUCCUUCUGAGAGAGAGAGAGAGAGAGAGAGAGAGAGAGAGAGAGAGAGAGAGUAAUUAUCAAGAGAGAGACAGAACAAUGUGUGGAAAUAAGCUCUGUUUACUUCAUCUUCUUAUUUUGUGGGGUGCCCCUUUCUCAUUUUCAGCUUUCGACAAUAGUUGGCAUCCGGCUCGGGCCUCUUACUAUGCCCUCAAAGACCCCACAGAAGCCACAGCGGGUGCUUGUGGGUAUGGGAACCUAAUGAAGAGGGGUUAUGGAAUGAGCACCGUGGCUUUGAGUGAUGCCCUCUUCAACAAGGGAGCCAGUUGUGGGGGUUGCUAUGAAGUAAGGUGUGUUGAGGAGCUGAGGUAUUGCAUUCCGGGCACCUCAAUCAUCGUCACUGCAACCAAUUACUGUGCGGCAAAUUAUGGGUUGCCAGGAGAUGCAGGGGGCCUCUGUAACCCGCCGAACAAGCACUUUGUGAUGCCCAUUGCUGCAUUUGAAAAGAUAGGGAUUUGGAAGGCUGGUGUCAUGCCAGUUCAGUACAGAAGGAUCAAAUGUAUCAGAGAAGGGGGAAUCCGGUUCACAGUGACUGGCCUUGGCAUCUUUCACUCAGUUUUGAUAAGUAAUGCGGCAGGACCAGGCGAGGUUUCAGCUGUGAAAAUGAAGGGUUCGAGAACAGGGUGGCUACCAAUGGGCCGGAAUUGGGGCUCAAUUUGGCACAUUAGUGCCGACUUUAAGAAUCAACCUCUCUCUUUUGAGGUGACUGGAAGUGAUGGAAUUACAGUGACUUCUUAUAAUGUAGCUCCCCAAAAUUGGCAAUUUGGUCAAACUUUUGAAGGCAAGCAGUUCCCUUCAUGAAACCCCUCCUGGACUUUGUUUGGUGUUCCUUCGUUUUGGUGCUCUAGCUGCUGGCCGUUGUUUGGCUUUGGUUAUUGAGUUAUUAUUUAUUGCAUGUCUGAUGCCUGAUAGCAAAGUGUUGGUCUCACUCUUGCUCUCUUUGGAAUGCGAUUGUAUCUUUCUCACCAA